AUGCGCCGCAGUCUGGUUAUCUUCCUCCUCAUCACAGUCAUUAUCGUGACUCUCCUUCUCCACUCAGUCUCGACUCUUCUCUCCCUUCUCAUUGAGGAUGCUUCCGCAGAUGCAAUUCACCGAUCAGAACUCCCUGCCCCCAACUCGACAUUACUCGAAACGCGCCCACAAUUGAUCCCCAAAAUCAUUCACCAGACCUACAUUAACGAGUCCAUUCCCACCCAAUGGGUCCCUGCACAGAAGUCUUGCAUAGACUUGCACCCCGACUAUGAGUACAUAUUGUGGACGGACCAAAAAUCUCAUGACUUUAUUGCACAGGAGUAUCCUUGGUUUCUGUCCACCUUUGUCGGGUAUAAACACAACAUACAACGUGCCGACGCCAUCAGAUACUUUGUCCUGUCCCAUUAUGGCGGAGUCUACAUUGAUCUUGACGAUGGGUGCAAACGAAGACUCGAUCCCCUGCUCUCCUACACCGCGUUUGUUCGUCGAACGGUUCCCACGGGUAUCAGCAACGACGUCAUGGGUGCCAUCCCUCAACAUCCUUUCUUCCAACGUGUCAUGGAGUCUUUGCAGGGAGCCAAUAGGUCAUGGAUACUGCCGUACAUCACCAUCAUGGCCUCGACCGGGCCCCUCUUCCUGUCGGUCAUCUGGAAAAAAUGGAUGGGCGAACAUGCUCACCUGGACCGUGACACUUGGAUUGGCCGAGUCCGAGUCCUCAUGCCCGACGAGUACAACAAGCAUGCCUGGAGUUUCUUUGAAACCUACAAGGGAAGCAGCUGGCACGGCAAGGACGCUAGGUUAAUUUUCUGGAUGGGCAAGAACUGGAUGUUUCUUACUGCCCUUGGCUUCUUGCUUGCUGGUGUUGUGGGACUGAGUAUCUGGUGGUUAUACUCCCAUCUCCUCAUCAUCGGAGCCAGAAGACGCACAGCUGGCAGCCCGCGCAUCGGUGCGUUCAGAUUCGGAGGUUCGAGAGUUCCACUUUGGCGGAAAUGGAGCGGUGGAAUUAUGAAGCAAAGUUACGAACUGGUUGGGCAGCAUGAUGCAUAA